AAUUUUCUCAACCUACUCUUGAAUCAUUUUUUAAUUACUAUAUAAAAUAUGGAACUUUUAAUAAAUGAAUUAGAAAAACCUAAAAAGUGUAAUGAUGAAAAGAAUGAUCCUAUAACAGUAUUUCUUGCGGUUUUUAUUGCGAUUGGUAUCUUAGUUAGUUACUUACCGCAGCAUUAUAAAAUUUUUAGUACCAAGUCUAGUGAGGGGAUUAGUCCAUUAUUUCUUCUGUUGGGUGCUAUUUCAAUGACAUGUAGUUAUUUCAAUAUUUUAAUUUUGCAAUUUAAUGAAUUUGGUUGUUGUAAAAAUGUGUACUCUGCUGGAUAUUGUUUUGAAAAUGUUUUAGGAAUUAUUCAACUAACAAUUCAGUGGUUCUGUUUUACAAUGAUUUUAGUAUUAUUUAUGAUAUAUUUUCCAGAUUAUAAAAAAUAUAUACCAAAUAUUAGUCUAGGAAGCGGAUAUAAUAAUCUUUCAUCAAUUUCUUCAUCAUCAAAAUAUUCUCCGGAAUGGAGCCUUUCUCUUCAAGUCACAGCCGCUGUCGCUAUUCAUUUUAUCUUUACACUCAUUAUUUCUGCUUACCUUUUAAUAUUUGUGGGUGGAGCCAAAGAAGAAAAAGUAACCAGAUAUUGGGCAGAUCUAUUAGGAGUCAUUUCUUUAAUUUUAGCGUCAAUUCAAUAUUUACCUCAAAUUUGGAAAACUUGGAAAAGAAAGUCUGUUGGAGCUCUUAGUAUUCAAAUGAUGCUGCUUCAAACUCCAGGUUCAUUCCUUUUCGCUUAUUCCCUCGCUUCUAGUCCUGGUACUAGAUGGUCAACGUGGAUUGUUUUUCUUAUAACAGGAUGUCUUCAAGGAACUCUUCUUAUUAUGUGCAUUUGCUGGCAUUACAGAGAAAAACAUGUUGACGAAGAAAUUAUUUCCGAUGGUCGGGUUAUUCCUGAUGAACAUACUAGAUUGCUUGGUUCUCAAACUAAUUAAAGAGCCAAACAAGAAAAAUUCCCAUUUUAUGUAUUUUGUAAGAUAGUAUUUUAAUAGAACGAUUUAAGUUUAUUUUAAAGAGGAGGUUUUAGUUUUGCAGUAAAUAAAUGGUGUAGUUCUGAUUUGUAAGAAGGAAAUAUAUUUAUGUUUGUAUUUUCAUUUUUGUCUGGAAUAUAUUGCAUGUAUUAUUAUUUAGAAACGUAGGAUAUUAUAGAAAUACAUAACUUGAAUUGGAAUCAGAUUUAUUUGACAUUGAAAAUUUUUAUUAAAUUUAUUAAAGAUUUUGCAUCAAA